GUUCAGCUAUUUAUUCCAUCCUGUAUCUGGCCCUUAUUUUUGGCCUCUAAAUUCUACCUGCAACCUAUCAGUCACGACCCCAUCCAUGUCUCAAGACUCCACCCCAUCUAAGUAUUCUUUUCCCUUUCCCAUAUUGCUUUUUUCUCUCUCCUGUGUGUCCCAGGAGGUCAGGAUGGGGGCACGGUGUGCCGGGGACAUCAUGGUGCCCUUGGGGUCCCGGCUGCAGGCGUAUCCUGAAGAGCUCCUUCGACAGCGGCCUGGGCACGAUGGGCAUCCUGAAUACCUGAUCCGAUGGAGUGUUCUGAAGUGUGGGGAAGCAGGCAGGGUGGGUGUGGGCUCCGAAGGCAAGGCAGAGCACAUCUUCAUGUGGCUGUCAGCUCCUGAGGUCUACGCCAACUGUCCCAUGCUGUUAGGUGAGCUGGUGCUAUCUAAGGGACCUCAGCAUGAACCAGCUGGGGGUUCGGGAAGCUUUCCCCGGGAUCCAGGAGGCCUGGAUGAAGUGGCAAUGGGAGAGAUGGAGGCUGAUGUGCGGGCACUGGUACGCAGGGCUGCCAGGCAGCUAGCAGAGGGUGGGACUUCAAGCCUCACUGCCGCUGUGCUCCAUACUAUCCACGUGCUCAGUGCCUAUGCCAGCAUUGGGCCCCUCACCAGGGUCUUCAGGGAAACAGGAGCCCUGGACCUGCUCAUGCAGAUGUUGUGCAACCCUGAGUCUCAGAUCCGUCGGAGUGCAGGCAAGAUGCUGCAGGCCCUGGCAGCCCACGAUGCUGGGAGUCGGGCUCAUGUUCUCCUGUCGCUGAGCCAGCAAGAUGGCAUCGAGCAGCACAUGGAUUUUGACAGCCGCUAUACUUUGCUGGAGCUGUUUGCAGAGACCACGUCCUCUGAAGAACACUGCAUGGCCUUUGAGGGCAUUCAUCUGCCUCAGAUCCCAGGAAAGCUGCUCUUCUCCCUGGUGAAGCGCUACCUGUGUGUCACUUCCCUGCUGGAUCAGCUGAAUAACAAUCCAGAGCCAAGCGCUGGAGACAGAGGCUCCCAUUCCCCCUCGAGGGAGGAGCUCAUCUGGGAGAAGAGCCGUGGGCAGUGGGAGAAAAGCCGUGGGCAGCGGAAGCUGGAGUUCAGUAUGGCUGUGGGCAACCUCAUCUCAGAGCUGGUGCGGAGCAUGGGCUGGGCCCGGAACCUCAGAGAACAGGGCACGUUGCAUCCGCGGCCGACUCGUUCGAUCUUUCAGCCCUGCGUUUCAGGGCCCAGCCUUUUACUCCCCACCAUCGUCAGCACCCCCGGAAGGCAAGGGCGGGCUUUCCGCCAGCGCUCUGAGUUCUCAAGCCGCAGUGGCUAUGGUGAGUAUGUGCAGCAGACGCUGACGCUGGGGAUGCGAGUGCGGAUGCUGGACGAUUACGAGGAGAUCAGCGCCGGAGACGAGGGCGAGUUCCGGCAGAGUAACAACGGCGUGCCCCCUGUGCAGGUCUUCUGGCAGUCAACGGGCCGUACCUACUGGGUGCACUGGCACAUGCUGGAAAUCCUGGGCCCUGAGGACACUGCUGAAAAUACAACUUCAGCCGCUGUGGAGAAGGGGGAAGGGCCUACAGUGUUGGGCACAGACACUGAGACCCCUCUGCCUAUAUCCUCAGCAUUUCCCUCCUGGGACUGGAAGCCUGUAGAUGGGCUCUACUCUCUGCCAUACCUCCAGCCUGAGCCUCAGAGGACUGAGGAAUUGGGAUUCCUGACCCAAGCUGAGUGGUGGGAGCUGCUCUUCUUCAUCAAGAAGCUAGACAUGUGUGAGCAGCAGUCAAUUUUCCAGAAUCUUCGGGAGAAUCUGGAUGAGACCAUGGGCGAAAAGGCCAUAGGUGAGAUCUCCGUGCCCAUAGAGAUGGCUGAGGGUCUGCUGCAGGUUCUCAGUAAUCGGUUUGAAGGUAGCAUCCUCAGUGACCUGCUCAACUCCCAAAUCUUCACCAAGUAUGGGCAGCUACCGGAUGAAGUAAACAGCUCAUCUUCUUCACGAAGUCACUCCUGUACCCCAGAUCCAGAAGAGGAGUCCAAGUUGGAGGCCACCUUCUCAGAGGGAGAGACUGAAUCCCCCAAAACAAAGGCUGAGUCCCCUAAGGCAGAAGCAGAACCUGCCAAGGCAAAAGUUGAGCCUCCCAUGGCACAGAGCGAUUCACAGCUGUUUAACCAGCUUCUAGUGAUUGAGGGGAUGGCGCUGCCCCCUGAGAUGAAGGAGGCAGCCAGUGAGAUGGCUAGAAGCUUGCGGGGUCCCGGUCCGCGAAGCUCCCUGGAUCAGCAUGUGGCAGCGGUCGUGGCCACUGUUCAGAUAUCCAGCGUGGACACAAACCUGCAGCUUUCAGGGCUCCAUGCCCUCUCGCAGGCUGUGGAGGAGGCCACUGAGCGGGACCACCCUUUGGUUCGUCCUGACAGAUCCCUGAGAGAGAAGCUUGUGAAGACUCUAGUGGAGCUGCUGACCAACCAGGUGGGAGAGAAGAUGGUAGUGGUACUGGCCCUGCGACUGCUUUACCUGCUCAUGACCAAGCAUGAGUGGCGCCCACUCUUUGCCAGGGAGGGUGGCAUCUACGCUGUGCUGGUUUGCAUGCAGGAAUAUAAGACAUCCGUCUUGGUGCAGCAGGCAGGACUAGCGGCAUUGAAGAUGCUGGCCAUUGCCGGCUCCUCUGAGAUUCCUACUUUUGUGACUGGCCGAGAUUCUGUCCACCCUUUGUUUGAUGCCCAGAUGACCAGAGAGAUCUUCGCCAGCAUUGACUCUGCCACACGCCCAGGCUCUGAGAGCCUGCUCCUUACUGUCCCUGCAGCCGUGAUCCUGAUGCUGAACACUGAGGGGUGUUCCUCUGCAGUGAGAAAUGGCCUGCUCCUGCUCAACCUACUUUUGUGUAAUCACCACACCCUGGGAGACCAGAUCAUAACCCGAGAGUUGAGGGACACUUUGUUUAGGCACUCCGGGAUAGCACCGGAGACGGAACCCAUGCCCACCACACGCACCAUCCUCAUGAUGCUUCUCAAUCGCUACUCAGAGCCACUGGGCAGUCCUGAACACGCAGCACUGGAGACCCCUAGCACCCAGGGCCAGGAUGGGUCCUCUGAGCAACUGAUCCGAUCCCUGGUGGGGGGCCCAUCUGCAGAGCUACUCCUGAACUUGGAGCAGGUGUUGUGCCGGGAGGGUGGUCCAGGAGGCUCCAUGAGGCCCCUCCUCAAGCGCCUCCAGCAGGAGACCCAGCCCUUCCUCCUGUUGCUGCGGACCCUGGAUGCCCCUGGGCCCAACAAAACUCUGCUGCUGACCGUGCUGAGGGUCAUGACCCGGCUGUUGGAUUUCCCUGAGACAAUGGUUCUCCCCUGGCAUGAAGUCUUAGAGCCCUGCCUCAACUGCCUGAGUGGCCCCAGCAGUGACUCUGAGGUCGUUCAGGAGCUGAUCUGCUUCCUGCAUCACCUGUCCUCAAUGCAUAAGGACUAUGCAGUGGUCCUCUGCUGCCUGGGAGCCAAAGAAGCCCUGUCCAAAGUCUUGGACAAGCACUCAGUUCAGCUGCUGCUGGGCUGUGAGCUUCGGGACCUGGUGACAGAGUGUGAAAAACAUGCCCAGCUCUACAGUAACCUCACCUCCAGCAUCCUGGCUGGCUGCAUUCAGAUGGUGCUGGGCCAGAUUGAAGACCACAGACGAAGCCACCAACCCAUCAAUAUCCCCUUCUUUGAUGUGUUCCUCAGGCAUCUCUGCCAAGGCUCCAGUGUAGAAGUGAAGGAGGACAAGUGCUGGGAGAAGGUGGAGGUGUCCUCCAACCCACACCGGGCCAGCAAGCUGACAGACCGCAAUCCCAAGACCUACUGGGAGUCCAAUGGCAGCACCGGCUCACACUCCAUCACCCUGCACAUGCAUCGUGGUGUUCUUGUUAGGCAGCUGACUCUUCUGGUGGCCAGUGAGGACUCAAGUUACAUGCCGGCCAGGGUGGUGGUGCUUGGGGGUGACAGUGCCAGCUGCAUCAGCACUGAGCUCAACACGGUGAAUGUGAUGCCAUCUGCCAGCAGAGUGAUCCUCCUGGAGAAUCUGAACCGCUUCUGGCCCAUCAUCCAGAUCCGAAUAAAGCGCUGCCAGCAGGGCGGCAUCGACACCCGUGUUCGGGGUGUGGAGGUCUUGGGCCCCAAGCCCACAUUCUGGCCACUGUUCCGGGAGCAGCUGUGUCGCCGCACAUGUCUCUUCUAUACAAUUUGGGCACAAGCCUGGAGCCAGGACAUUGCUGAGGACCGCAGGCGCCUCCUCCAGCUCUGCCCCAGACUGAACAGGGUUUUGCGCCAUGAGCAGAAUUUUGCUGAUCGCUUCCUCCCUGACGAGGAGGCUGCCCAAGCCCUGGGCAAGACCUGCUGGGAGGCCCUGGUCAGCCCCCUGGUGCAGAACAUCACCUCCCCUGAUGCAGAAGGUGUGAGCUCCUUGGGUUGGCUGCUAGGUCAGUACUUGGAACAAAGGGAGAACUCUCGGUACCCCCCGAGUCGAGCAGCAUCCUUUGCCUCUCGAGUUCGUCGCCUUUGCCACUUGCUGGUGCAUGUAGAGCCUCCUCCUGGACCUUCUCUGGAGCCAUCCACUAGGCCCUUCAGCAAGAACAGUAAGGGUCGGGAUCGGAGCCCCGCCCCUUCACCAGUUCUUCCAAGCAACAGCCUGAGAAACAUAACCCAGUGCUGGCUGAGUGUGGUGCAGGAGCAGGUCAGCAGGUUCCUGGCUGCAGCCUGGAGAGCCCCGGACUUCGUGCCCCGUUACUGUGAACUCUAUGAGGACCUGCAGAGAGCCGGCAUGGAGCUUUUUGGGCCUCGGGCAGCUUUCACAUUGGCUCUGCGCAGUGGCUUCUCUGGCGCCUUGCUACAGCAGUCCUUCCUCACCACUGCCCAUAUGAGUGAGCAGUUUGCCCGGCACAUCGACCAGCAGAUCCAGGGUGGCCUGAUGGGUGGAGCCCCAGCAGUGGAAAUGCUGGGGCAGCUUCAGCAGCACCUGGAGCCCAUCAUGGUUCUUUCUGGCCUGGAGCUGGCCACUACUUUUGAACACUUCUAUCAGCACUACAUGGCAGACCGUCUUCUGAGCUUGGGCUCGAGCUGGCUGGACGGGGCUGUGCUAGAGCAGAUUGGCCUCUGCUUCCCCAACCGCCUCCCCCAGCGGAUGCUACAGAGCCUGAACACCUCUGAGGAGCUCAAGUGCCAGUUCCACCUAUACCAGCUCCAGCAGCUUGACAGACUGCUCUUGGAGCAGGACAAGGAGGAACAAGGACUGGAGGAAGAGGAGGAAGAAGAAGAAGAAGGGGCUGAGAAAGAGCUAUUUAUCAAAGACCCAAGUUCAACAGUUGCUGUGCUGGUCCUGUCACCACGCUGCUGGCCGGUCUCCCCACUCUGCUACCUGUACCAUCCCAGAAAGUGCCUUUCCACAGAAUUCUGUGAAGCUCUUGACUGCUUCUCCAACUUCUACAGCCAGAGCCAGAACCAUCCAGUCCUGGACAUGGGACCACGUCGGCGGCUGCAGUGGACGUGGCUGGGCCGGGCCGAGAUGCAGUUUGGGGACCAGACCCUGCAUGUGUCCACUGUGCAGAUGUGGCUGCUGUUGAAUUUCAAUCAGACGGAGGAGGUGUCAGUAGAAACCUUGCUGAAGAAUUCUGACCUCUCCCCAGAGCUACUGCUCCAGGCCCUUCUGCCCCUCACCUCUGAGAAUGGCCCUUUGACACUGCAUGAGGGUCAGGACUUUCCACAUGGGGGUGUUCUGCGGCUUCAUGAGCCUGGGCCACAGCCCAGUGGGGACGCCCUGUGGCUGAUACCUCCCCAGACAUACCUGAAUGUACAAAAGGAUGAGGGCCGAACCCUGGAACAGAAAAGGAAUCUCUUGAGCUGUCUUCUUGUCCGUAUUCUCAAAGCCCAUGGGGAGAAGGGCCUCCACAUUGAUCAGCUGGUUUGUCUGGUGCUGGAGGCCUGGCGGAAGGGCCCAAAUCUCCCUGGAAGCCUGGGCCACACUAUUGCCAGGGGCGUGGCCUGUUCAAGCACAGACGUCCUCUCUUGCAUCCUGCACCUUCUGGGCCAAGGCUAUGUGGCACGGCAUGACGACCAGCCCCAAAUCCUGAUGUAUGCCACCCCAGAGCCCAUGGGUCCCUGCCGGGGUCAGGCAGACAUCCCCUUCUGUGGCAACAAGAGCACUGAGACCUCUAAGCCUAGCCCAGAAGCCGUGGCUGCCCUGGCAUCUCUGCAGCUGCCUGCCAGCCGCACCAUGAGCCCCCAAGAGGUAGAAGGGUUGAUGGAGCAGACGGUGCAGCAGGUGCAGGAGACGCUGAACCUAGAGCCAGAUGUGGCUCAGCAUCUGCUGGCUCAUUCCCACUGGGGCGCCGAGCAGCUGCUGCAGAGUUACAGCGAUAACCCUGAGCCAUUGCUGUUGGCAGCUGGGCUGUGCAUACCCCAGGCCCAGACUGCUCCCAUACGCCCUGACCACUGCCCUGUCUGCAUCAGCCCCCUGGAGCCCGAUGACGACUUGCCCUGUCUCUGCUGCAUGCACUACUGCUGUAAGUCUUGCUGGAAUGAGUAUCUGACAACUCGAAUUGAGCAGAACCUUGUGCUGAACUGCACUUGCCCCAUUGCCGACUGCCCUGCCCAGCCCACUGGAGCCUUCAUCCGUGCCAUCGUCUCCUCUCCAGAGGUCAUUUCCAAGUAUGAGAAGGCCCUCCUGCGUGGCUAUGUGGAGAGCUGUUCCAACUUGACCUGGUGCACCAAUCCCCAAGGCUGCGAUCGCAUCCUGUGCCUCCAGGGCCUGGGCUGUGGGACUGCCUGUGCCAAGUGCGGCUGGGCCUCCUGUUUCAACUGCAGCUUCCCUGAGGCGCACUACCCUGCCAGCUGUGGCCACAUGUCGCAGUGGGUUGACGAUGGCGGCUACUACGAAGGCAUGAGUGUGGAGGCCCAGAGCAAGCACCUGGCCAAGCUCAUUUCCAAGCGUUGUCCCAGCUGUCAGGCUCCCAUCGAGAAGAACGAGGGGUGUCUGCACAUGACCUGUGCCAAAUGCAACCAUGGUUUCUGCUGGCGCUGCCUCAAGUCCUGGAAGCCAAGUCACAAAGACUUUUACAACUGCUCUGCCAUGGUAAGCAAAGCAGCUCGCCAGGAGAAGCGGUUUCAGGACUAUAACGAGAGGUGUACUUUCCACCACCAGGCCCGGGAAUUUGCUGUAAACUUGCGGAACCGUGUAUCUGCUAUCCACGAGGUGCCCCCGCCAAAAUCCUUCACCUUCCUCAGUGACGCCUGCCAGGGUCUCGAGCAGGCACGAAAGGUGCUGGCCUAUUCCUGCGUGUACAGCUUCUACAGUCAGGACACUGAGUACAUGGACGUGGUAGAGCAGCAGACCGAGAACUUGGAGCUGCACACCAACGCCCUGCAGAUCCUGCUUGAGGAGACCCUCCUACGGUGCCAGGACCUGGCCACCUCCUUGCGCCUCCUGCGGGCUGACUGCCUCAACACGGGCCUGGAGCUGCUCCGGCGGAUCCAGGAAAGGCUGCUUGCCAUCCUGCAGCACUCCACCCAGGACUUCCGGGUUGGCCUCCAGAGUCCAGCAGGCCUAGAGGCCCGGGAGGCCAAGGGACCCAACAUGCCCGGCCAUCAGCCCCAAAGCUGCUCAGGCCUGGAGGUGGAUGAGGACGAGGAGGAGGAGGAAGAGGAUGAGGACGAUGUGCCCCAGUGGCAUCAGAACGAGUUCGACGAGGAGCUGGACAAUGACAGCUUCUCCUAUGAUGAGGAAUCUGAGAACCUGGACCAAGAGACUUUCUUCUUUGGCGAUGAGGAGGAGGAUGAUGAGGUCUAUGACUGAGGGGCAGGACGCAGGGAACACCUGGCGCCACCCCAGAGUCCUGGGGCCGAGUGGGCAGGGAGGGGCCCUGCUCCUUCCCACUGUUGUUCAGGGGAGGUGACCCAGUGUCGCAGCACCUUCUGCUUACUGAAUAAACUUUUUCUCUUUUCACAUAA